AUGGCUUUUAUUAUUCUGUAUCCAGCCGUAGCUGCAUUAGCCCUUUUCGUUGUCGGUGUUAUUAUCAUAAUGCUACGUUUUGGACCACGUCUCUGUGGUCUAAGACAUCAUGCAUUGCCCGAUAGUGAAGAGUAUCGUGAGCGUGCUUACGAUCAUGAAAUCAGCUAUGCUUGAUAUUGAAUGUACAAGUUUUACAUAUAGUCACCUAAAAUGCAAAAUAACGUUACAAAAUUUCAAAAUAUUUUAAAGUGAUGGGCAAAAAACCAUUGCAAUAUGAAAAGUAUCUCUCAUAUAAACUAAUUUUCACAAAUUUAAACAGAAUGAUAGUAAUAUAAUUUAGUUUUUUUUUAUAUUACUAUUUAGUAAGUUAUUAAUCAUAAUUUAUCAAACAUUCGAUUUUGGUAUUUUUGUUUUUACGUUGUUUUGUAUAUUAUAUGAUGAUAUAUAUUUUAUUUCUAUACUUUAAUCCCUCCAUUUAUUUUAUUUAAUAAUUGUAUUGCCUUAUAAGUUUUUAAGUGCCUUCUCUAUUCAAACAAUAUUUAUUAAGUACAUGCAUACAUAUUUUUAUUCGUAACAUUCAAAAAAGUUCCGUCCAGUUUAAAUUUUUUUAAAAAAAUCAACUUUUCACAAAUUAUAGAAUUAAGCUAAACAUAUCACAUUGAUUUAUAUAUUUUUACAAAUUUACUAAACUUUUUAUUGCCUACAUAUGGUAUUUUUAAUAAAUAUAUUUUACAAGUACAAAUAAUGAUGUACUAAAAGAAAAAUAA